AUGGAGUCUGUGAUUGAGGAGACCGCCCCGACACCGGCACCGGCCGUUUUGCCCAAGCCCGUGUCAAAGCUCUCCUCCGCAAACUCCGACGGUAUCCACGACGGUCAAGUCGACACGACUUUGCCGGCAGGAGGAAAAGGAAACGAGGGUGACGACACCAUAACUUACGAUCAUGAUCACACCUCCAACCACAAUGACCAAGACAACGGCAGCGCGUCAAUUACGACCACCAAUGGCCACCUCGAACAUGUAGGCCCGGCUCCCCUCGACAGUCCUGCAUCAAGCUGCAAGUCUCGACCUGUAUCUAGCAUUGUUCCGCCCUUCUGGCAGCGCCAUGAGCGGUCGGUCUCCCGAGCAUCGCUGAGCUCGCUUGCUCAAAGCAGGAUCAUCCGGUUAGAAGAUCAUACUGCAGAUCCCAACUCCGAGACAAGUCGGGGUUUAUGGGCGAAGAGCGUGGCCAUCACGGAUCAUGUUGUGGUCCAAGGGAAGAGCGGCGUCGGGUCAUACGUGGUCUGGAACUGCACAAUUCAGACUCUCGAUGGCGGUCCGAUAGUCGUUCGCAUGAGAUAUUCUGAAUUCGACGAUCUCCGCCAAAGACUCGAAUCUGCAUUUCCCCACGCCCGAAAUGCCCUGCCGGCGCUUCCACCAAAGAGUGUGCUAUUCAAAUUCCGCCCCAAAUUCCUCGAAAACAGACGUGUCGGGCUAGAAUAUUUCCUCAAUUGUGUCCUACUCAACCCGGAGUUCUCAAGUUCACCUAUCGUCAAAGGUUUCCUCUUUGGUCGAUCUUCAUAA